AUGCAAAAUGGGGAAGUGAUGGUGCUUUUGGGCGAUCCCAAAAAUGGCAAAGGAAUAGGUCCAAGUUCCUCCACUACUGCGGAGAUUCCUAGUGGUCAAGGGAUUAAGAUGAAUGGACGUAUUGUUCUCACUCAAGCUACAAGAAGCAAGGCGACUCAACCUAAUGGCAUUGUUCAAGCGGCUCAAACAGGUAAGAAUUUUGUUAACCAAUUCCUUUCUCAAAGGACCUUAAAGAUUCUUGGGCUAAUAAAGUUAGAGCUGAUCCUAGGUCUAAUNACUACUGCGGAGAUUCCUAGUGGUCAAGGGAUUAAGAUGAAUGGACGUAUUGUUCUCGCUCAAGCUACAAGAAGCAAGGCGACUCAACCUGAUGGCAUUGUUCAAGCGGCUCAAACAGGUAAGAAUUUUGUGAACCAAUUCCUUUCUCAAAGGACCUUAAAGAUUCUUGGGCUAAUAAAGUUAGAGCUGAUCCUAGGUCUAAUGUAG